UAAUUCAUCCAUUCCCAUAACAACAACGGUUUGUUGACAGUGAACUAACUAAUCACUGACAAUCCUUCGGAGGUUAGAAGUCAAAAUAUCAAAAUUUUAUUGUGCAUUACGUUUAUCGCAUUUUGGAUAUUCAGGUUUCAAAAUGACCAGUUUGGACUCUAAAUGCGAAAUAAAACAAUGCCUGGAUCCGACCGUCGACAUCUCGCACUACUGCGAAGAAGAUUCCGAAAAAUCGUUUGCAGAAAUCAUCGGGUGUAUCGAAAACUUGAUAAUAAGCGACCAGUUUUACGAAAUCCAGAGUAGAUUCCUUGAAGAGUACUACGGGGAGUUCGAGGAUGAGGAGGAAAACCGCCUAAUUUACAUGGACAUUUUCAAAAACUACUUGGAAACGGUCGAGAAGUAUAUUGAGGAGGAACUGUUGAAAAAAAUUCCGGAGUUUAGUUUGAAGACUUUCGAGAGUCAACUGGAGCAAAGAUCUAACGAGUUAGAUGGGGAAGUUUACGAAAUGUUGUCCACUUUUUGGAACUUCGACUCAUUCAAGUCCAUGUUUUUAGAGUAUAAAAAGUUGAAACAAGGCCACAUCGUCGACUUCAGCAAGGACAUCUUAGUAACGAAAUACCACGUAAAUGAAACGGAGUUUCUUUAGCAAAAAAACUUUUAAUACAAGACUUACAUAAAGAACAUAAUUUUAAACUAAACCUAAUGCAUUAAAAUUUCCAUUUGAACUAAGCGACUGUUAGUGUCCCCUGGUAACCUGUAAGGCAGCAUUCCAGCGUAGUUUGUUAGAGCUUUUGCUUGUUGUCUCAGAUAAGAGAGUUGCUGUAAAAAAUAGGCAAUUUGUAGUCAAAUUUUCAAUAAAUUUUCAUUCAUUUUAGGUAGA